AUUCAUUCCGGUGGCUGAUAACCAUUCAAUCAGUUACCUGUAACCAUGAGAACAGUCUUUGUGACUUGCUCUCUUGCUUUACUCGUAGUAUUCAUAUCGUCUGCUUGUGGUCUAACCUUCAAGAAUGCAUGCGAAUCUUCGACUAUGCAGAUAGCGUGUCCUGAAGGCACAGUCAUUUCUAUAAACCAAGCCCAAUAUGGAAGACCAAGAUAUGAUUUGCAUACGUGUUCCAAUUCUAACUUGCGCUCCCGUUCCGUGAUCAAAAGAGUGAAAAAAGCUCAUUGUGGAGCACGAUCUUCAAUGUUCCAGGCACGAAGACACUGUAAUGGAAAAUCUUCAUGCAGUAUUAGGGCAACUAAUAGUGUGUUUGGAGAUCCUUGCCGAGGAAUUUAUAAAUUUUUAAUGAUUGGAUAUAUAUGCAGACCAAGGCAACACUGGAGACGAGUUUGUGAGCAUCAAAAACUUCGCUUAUCAUGCCCACAGGGCUCAGUCAUUCAAGUUCAUCAUGCAUUAUAUGGUAGAGCCAGAGGAGAUAUGACAACAUGUGGAAAUAACAAACAUGUAUCAAAAAAAGGACAAAAAAUCAUGGCUGGUCACUGUAAAUCCAGAAAAUCUGUUCAUAAAGUCGUAGUAGCUUGUAAUGGAAAAACAAGUUGUAGUAUUCGCGCCUCAAAUGGUAUCUUUGGCGAUCCCUGUCGUGGAAUCUUUAAGUAUUUGGAGGCUUCAUUCGUUUGUCUCGCUGGUAACAUCAGAGGAUAUGCAAAAUUCGAUGGCAAGGAUUAUACUGGCCACGAUAUUCGUCGAAUUCCCAACUACAAUAUUCACCAAUGUGCUACUUUUUGCAAUAGCAAAUCUCGUUGUCAAGGUUUCGUAGUUAUACCUAAUACAAAAACCUGUUGGAUAAAACGUGAAGCUAGAACUCUUGGAUCAUCUUACAAAAGCCAUUCAACUGCAGUGUUAUACCUCAAACAUCCACAAUAUGCCGUUCAAGGAUAUAGACAGAUUCAGGGUAAAGAUUAUCCAGGAUAUGACAUUCGUAUGCACGAGAAAUCUAAUCCUCAAGAAUGUGGUUUAAAAUGUGACCAAGCAUCAGGUUGCACAGGAUUCUUAUACCAAUACACAACACGAAGAUGUUGGGUAAAAUCAAAAGCACGGUCAAAUGAUAGAAAUGUAAAAAAUCUGUCUACUGGAGUUCUCUACAUUAGACUUUUUACAGUCACUAUUUCUGGUUAUCGUCGUGAAUUAGGCAAAACUAUCCGAGGACACGAUCUUCACUGUUACGCAAAUGUAUCACCAAUAGCUUGUGCUAACCGCUGCAGCGCUGAAUUGAAAUGCCAGGGAAUAGCCUACCAGUGGCCUAUAAAAAGAUGCUGUACAAAAUUUUACGUAGCCUUUUCAGGAUCAAACGUCAAUAAUAAUUACAAUACUGCUCUUUUUAUGAAAAACUUUAACUUUAAUAUAAGGGGAUACAACAAGAUUAGCGAAAGGGACUAUGUCGGUCAUGAUAUUAAACUCAUUCCAUAUUCCAAUCCUCAACUUUGCGGCCAUGAUUGUAAUCUUAAUAGUACAUGUAAAGGAGUUGUUUAUCAACAUAGUACAAGACAAUGCUGGCUCAAGUCUCAAGCGUUGACAACGGGAUCUAAUUAUAAAAGAUCAUCUCGUAACAUUUUGUACAUAAAGAGAAUAACAGUAUCCGUUAGUGGUUAUACAAAAUUUGAUUUCAAAGAUUCUACAGGAUCUGACAUUAAAGUAUUAAGAAAUUCCAGUCCAGUAUCAUGCUCUGCCCGAUGCGAUUUCAAUGCAAAGUGUAAAGGUUUCGUUUACAAUUUUCAUAAUAGAAAUUGUUGGCUGAAGAAGAGAAUUAGAACUAGUGGAUCAAACUUUAGAUCAGUACGACACGGCGUAACUUACAAGAAAAUUGUUAAUUUGAGAGUUCCUACUUAUGAAAGUUCUCCUAGAAAAAUAUAUUCAGGUUUCAAUAUAAAAUGCUACAAUGGAAAACUGCCACAAGCUUGUGCUCAUGAAUGUAAUAAAUUAUUGGCUUGUCAAGGUAUUUCAUUCUUGAUCGCAUCUAAGCGUUGCUGUCUGAAAAGCGCUGUAAAAUUCAGUGGACAUUCAUUUAGAGACAACGUAGAUGGUGCAGUUUAUAUCAGACCAAUCACUUACAACGUACAUAGAUUUACCAAAUAUUCUAAUUCGCUCUAUAAAGGACACAAUAUUAAACGUUUAGUGAACUCUAGUCCUCAACUCUGUGGUUUUGUAUGUGCAAACAGUAGACAAUGCCUUGGUUUUGUAUAUCAAUCUAGUCAAAGAUCUUGUUGGUUAAAAUCACAAGCAAAACUGUUGGAUCCAUACUACAAGAAGAACAACCGCUAUGUUCUUUAUAUGAAACAAGUUACAAUUCCAGUAUCACAUUAUAAAUAUCACAUGAAAAAGGAUUAUCCUGGAUACGAUUUGCAACACUAUGAAGAUUCUAGUCCAGCUUUAUGUAAAGCAAAGUGUGAAGAUAACGGCAGAUGUAUGGGUUUUGAAUAUGAAAUAACCACUAGAAGAUGUUGGAUUAAAUGGAAAGUUGCUGAUAAAGGAAGAAAUUUUAAAGCAAUGAAAACUGGAAUCCUUUACAUUAUGAAGACUGAACUUUCUGGAUAUGUACGCUACCCUGGAAAGGCUUAUCUUCGACACAACUUAAGAGUAUUACCAAACUCCAACAGAAGAUCUUGCAGGAGAUUGUGCAAUAGAAUGCCAAAUUGUUACGGUUUUGUCUUUAAACUUGGAAACAGAAGAUGUGAGCUUAAAGGAGAAAUUAAAACAUAUGGACCAAGUUCAAGGACAAAUUCUCUUGCAGAAGUUUAUCUUAAGAAACAUCUUACUUCUGGCUUUACUCGAUUCCCUCAAAAGGAUUUUCCAGGUCACGAUUUGAAACAUUACAAGAAAUCAACCAUUCAACUUUGUGCUCAAUAUUGCGAAAGCAAUAUACAUUGUGUAGCCUUUGUCUAUAAUACUGCAAAUCGUAAUUGCUUUAUUAAAAACCGAGGAAAAUCAUCAGGAUCAAACUUUGUUAAUAGUAGAGAUGGCGAACUUUUCAUUAGAGAAAACUCAGUUUCCGGUUAUACUAGAUACGAAAGAAAAGAUUAUCCCGGUUCCGAUAUUAGAAAUUUCCCAAAAACAAACAGACAAACUUGCGGUACUCAUUGUAAUAGAAAUACUGCUUGUAUCGGCUUUGUGUUCAAUACUAAAACUAGUAUGUGUUGGAUUAAAAGACAAGCACAAUCGUCAGGACCAAACUUUAAAGAUCAUGUGGAUGGAGAACUUUUCAUAGAGAAUGAUCUUGUUCAUGGCUAUAGACAAUAUCCAAGAAGAGAUUAUAGAAAGUCUGAUAUCAGAAAAUUUACAAACUCAAACAGACAAGCUUGCGGAGAUCAUUGUCAUCGUAAUAAACAAUGUACUGCCUUUGUAUUCAAUAUCCAAACUAGGAAAUGCUAUCUAAAGAAGAAAGGAGAACCACGCGGAAGAAAUUUUGUAAGGAAUGCCAAUAGUGAACUUUUCAUUAUGAAUAAUAACAUUGCUGGAUAUGCACGUCAUCCUAGAAGAGAGUAUACAGGUUUUGCUCUAAGAUCUUUUCCCAAUUAUAAUAGAUAUGCUUGCGCAGAGGAAUGUAAUACAAAUUCUCUAUGCGUAGCAUUUGUCUACAAUGUUCAAAAUAGAAAUUGUCACUUGAAAUCUGUGGGAGAAACAAGAGGUACACGAUUCAUAAAAAGUGUCGCUGGAGAACUCUUUAUCAAGACAUCUUCCCGUUAUGUCUCAGACUUUCGUCGUUACCCAAGAAAGGAUUAUGGUGGACAUGAUCUAAGAUCAUUCCCCAACUCCAAUAGACAAACUUGCGCUCAGAACUGUCGUUUACAAAAUAACUGUGUUGGUUUUGUUUAUAAUGUUGCCAAUAGAAACUGCUUUAUUAAAUACGAAGCAGAAUCUCGAGGACCUAGAUUUGCUAAUAGUAAAUAUGGAGAUCUAUACAUCAGGAAAUCAACUCGUAAUCCCUUAGGCUUCAGUCGUUAUCCAAGAAAGGAUUAUGGAGGAUUCGAUAUAAAAUCAUUCCGUAAAUCCAACAGACAGGCUUGCGCUCUGGAAUGUCGUCGAAGAUCAAACUGCGUUGCUUUUGUUUUCAACAUCGUCAAUCGAAAAUGCUUUGUUAAGUACGAAGGAGAAGCCAGAGGAUCUAGAUUUGCUAAUAAUAAAAGAGCAGAUCUUUACAUAAGAAAAAUCUCACGUGAAAUAUCAGGCUAUAAGAGAUAUCCAUUAAAAACUUUCUCUACACGACAAAUUGGAAGAUAUAACAAAUUAAAUAGAGCUAGUUGCGCAGUUAAAUGCAAUGGAAAUCCAGAUUGUGGAUCAUUCGUCUUUAAUUUUGUGAAUUUCCGUUGUUAUCUCUUGGAUAGUGGAGAAAAUAAGGGACGUCGUUUUACUAAAAAUAACAACAAUGAUCUAUUUAUAAGGAAGUCUUCAUACAACGUUCGAGGCUAUCAUAAAUUCAUUGGAAGAGAUUAUCAAGGUCACAACCUAAAACACUACAGUAGAUCGAACAGACAAUCUUGUAGAAAGGCUUGUAAUGCUCAUAUCGCUUGCGUUGGAUUUGUUUACAAUGUUGAUAAGGGAGAUUGUUGGAUAAAAAGAGAACUGAAGACCACUGGACCAAUGUUUACGACUUCUAAAUUUGGUGAAGUUUAUAAGAAAUCAGAAUCCGUUUCCGGUUUUUCACGCUACCCUAGGAAAGAUUUUCCUGGUUAUGAUAUUAAAGAUAUUAAGAGAGCAACCAAACAACAAUGUGCCACGGCAUGUCUUGGCCUAUCAAAUUGUGCUGGAUUCCAAUAUAACAGGACUGGAUGUUGGCUAAAGAGACAAGUAAAAACCUCUGGACCCAAUUUUAAACCUGCUAGAAAUGGAGAACUUUUCAUUUUAAAUACUCAAAUCCAUGGAUUUACACGAUAUGUCGGAAGAGAAUAUUUACAUAAUACCAUUAAGAACUUUGGAAAUUCAAAUAGACAAGCUUGCGCAAACCAUUGUCAUCAGAAUAUCCGCUGUGUAGCUUUUGUAUUCCGUAAGAACAACCGAUUGUGCCAAAUCAAACGUUAUGCAUUGGCAAGAGGUAAAAACUUUAAACGCAACAUCAAAGCAGAACUUUUCAUUAUUAAUGGUGCCAUUUCCGGAUAUAAUAGACAUGCAAGAAAAGAUUAUGCACUAUUUGAUAUCGCCAGGUUCAGAAACUACAAUAGAUAUGCUUGCAGUAAACAGUGCGAUAAAAGUCAAACAUGUGUAGCAUUUGUCUAUAAUAUUGUCAAUAGAAACUGUUUUAUUAAGUUUCAAGGAGAAUCAAGAGGAUCAAACUUUAAGACUAGUAAAUAUGGAGAACUUUUUAUCAAGAGAUCAUCUCGAGCUGUCCCCCGUUACGCGAGAUAUGUACCAAAGGAUUUUCCCGGAUUUGAUAUUGGAAAAUAUUCAAAAUCUACUAGACAGUCUUGCGGAAGAAUAUGCAAUAGAAACAGCGCUUGUGUAGCAUUUGUUUACAACGUUGAAAAUCGAAAUUGCUAUAUCAAAAAUCGAGGAGAAUCAAGAGGAUCAAACGUUAAGACUAAUAACCAUGGAGAACUUUUUAUUAAGAGAUCAUCUCGUGUUGUGUCCCAUUAUGCGAGAUAUGUAGCAAAGGGUUACCCAGGAUUCGAUAUUGGAAAAUAUUCAAAAUCCACUAGACAGUCUUGCGGAAGAAGAUGCAAUAGAAACAGCGCUUGUGUAGCAUUCGUUUACAAUAUUGAAAGUCGAAAUUGCUAUAUCAAAAAUCGAGGAGAAUUAAGAGGAUCAAACGUUAAGACUAAUAACCAUGUGGAACUUUUCAUUAAGAGAUCAUCUCGUGUUGUGUCCCAUUAUGCGAGAUAUGUAGCAAAGGGUUACCCAGGAUUCAAUAUUGGAAAAUAUUCAAAAUCCAAUAGACAGUCUUGCGGAAGAAGAUGCAAUAGAAACAGCGCUUGUGUAGCAUUCGUUUACAACAUUGAAAGUCGAAAUUGCUAUAUCAAAAAUCGAGGAGAAUCCAGAGGAUCAAACGUUAAGACUAAUAACCAUGGGGAACUUUUCAUUAAGAGAUCAUCUCGAGUUGUCCGUCAUUACGUGAGAUAUAUCGGAAAGGAUUAUCCCGGAUUCGAUAUUAAAAAAUAUUCAAAAUCUACUAGACAGUCUUGCGGAAGAAGAUGCAAUAGAAAAAGCGCUUGUGUAGCAUUCGUUUACAACAUUGAAAAUCGAAAUUGCUAUAUCAAAAAUCGAGGAGAAUCCAGAGGACCUAAGUUUAGAAAUACUGUCGAUGGGGACUUAUAUAUUAAACAAUCAUCUCGUAAUCUUCCAAACUAUGAGCGAUAUCCAAGAAGAUAUUACCGUGGCAAUAAUAUUAGAACAUUCCGUAACUUAAAUAGAAGGCGCUGCGGUCGUAAAUGUGAUCAAGAACCAAGAUGUGUAUCAUUUGUCUAUAAUAUAGAAAAUAGAAAUUGUUUAUUGAAGCACGCUGGUAAAGCUUCCGGACCUCAAUUUAAAAGACAUUCAGAUAGAGAUUUUUAUCUUCGUAAAAUAAGUGCUGCCAGACCUACAACUACUCCCAUGCCAACAACAGAAGCUACCACGACGAAAGCUACUACUCCAUCAGCAGAAAGUACAACAAAAACUACCUCUCCAGAACCAAACAGUAGAGAAACAGAAACAUCCACUCUAGAACCAGAGAGUACUGAAACUGAAGCUCCAUCUGCAAAACCCCAAAGUACACCAACAGAAACUGCCACUUCAAAACCAGAAAGUGCUGAAACAGAAGCUACCACUCCUGAAACAGAAACUACUGAAACAGAAGCUCCAUCUGAAAACCCCGAAAGUACUGAAACAGAAGCUCCAUCUGAAAAACCAGAAAUCAGUGACACAGAAGCUACAACUCCAGCACCCGAAAGUGAUGAAACAGAAGCUCCAUCUGCAAAACCAGAAAGUACUGAAACAGAAGCUCCAUCUGAAAAACCAGAAGUGAGUGGCACAGAAGGUACAACUCCAGCACCGGAAAGUGAUGAAACAGAAGUUCCAUCUGCAAAACCAGAAAGUACUGAAACAGAAGCUCCAUCUGAAAAACCAGAAGUGAGUGGCACAGAAGCUAGAACUCCAGCACCCGAAAGUGAUGAAACAGAAGCUCCAUCUGCAAAACCAGAAAGUACUGAAACAGAAGCUCCAUCUGAAAAACCAGAAGUGAGUGGCACAGAAGGUACAACUCCAGCACCGGAAAGUGAUGAAACAGAAGUUCCAUCUGCAAAACCAGAAAGUACUGAAACAGAAGCUCCAUCUGAAAAACCAGAAGUGAGUGGCACAGAAGCUAGAACUCCAGCACCCGAAAGUGAUGAAACAGAAGCUCCAUCAGCAAAACCAGAAAGUACUGAAACAGAAGCUUCAUCUGAAAAACCAGAAGUGAGUGACACAGAAGCUACAACUCCAGCACCGGAAAGUGAUGAAACAGAAGUUCCAUCUGCAAAACCAGAAAGUACUGAAACAGAAGCUCCAUCUGAAAAACCAGAAAUCAGUGACACAGAAGCUACAACUCCAGCACCGGAAAGUGAUGAAACAGAAGUUCCAUCUGCAAAACCAGAAAGUACUGAAACAGAAGCUCCAUCUGAAAAACCAGAAAUCAGUGACACAGAAGCUACAACUCCAGCACCGGAAAGUGAUGAAACAGAAGUUCCAUCUGCAAAACCAGAAAGUACUGAAACAGAAGCUCCAUCUGAAAAACCAGAAAUCAGUGACACAGAAGCUAGAACUCCAGCACCGGAAAGUGAUGAAACAGAAGUUCCAUCUGCAAAACCAGAAAGUACUGAAACAGAAGCUCCAUCUGAAAAACCAGAAGUGAGUGGCACAGAAGGUACAACUCCAGCACCGGAAAGUGAUGAAACAGAAGUUCCAUCUGCAAAACCAGAAAGUACUGAAACAGAAGCUCCAUCUGAAAAACCAGAAGUGAGUGGCACAGAAGCUAGAACUCCAGCACCCGAAAGUGAUGAAACAGAAGCUCCAUCAGCAAAACCAGAAAGUACUGAAACAGAAGCUUCAUCUGAAAAACCAGAAGUGAGUGACACAGAAGCUACAACUCCAGCACCGGAAAGUGAUGAAACAGAAGUUCCAUCUGCAAAACCAGAAAGUACUGAAACAGAAGCUCCAUCUGAAAAACCAGAAAUCAGUGACACAGAAGCUACAACUCCAGCACCAGAAAGUGAUGAAACAGAAGCUCCAUCUGCAAAACCAGAAAGUACUGAAACAGAAGCUCCAUCUAAAAAACCAGAAAUCAGUGACACAGAAGCUACAACUCCAGCACCAGAAAGUGAUGAAACAGAAGUUCCAAAUGCAAAACCAGAAAGUACUGAAACAGAAGCUCCAUCUGAAAAACCAGAAGUGAGUGACACAGAAGCUACAACUCCAGCACCGGAAAGUGAUGAAACAGAAGUUCCAUCUGCAAAACCAGAAAGUACUGAAACAGAAGCUCCAUCUGAAAAACCAGAAAUCAGUGACACAGAAGCUACAACUCCAGCACCAGAAAGUGAUGAAACAGAAGUUCCAAAUGCAAAACCAGAAAGUACUGAAACAGAAGCUCCAUCUGAAAAACCAGAAAUCAGUGACACAGAAGCUACAACUCCAGCACCCAAAAGUGAUGAAACAGAAGCUCCAUCAGCAAAACCAGAAAGUACUGAAACAGAAGCUUCAUCUGAAAAACCAGAAGUGAGUGACACAGAAGCUACAACUCCAGCACCGGAAAGUGAUGAAACAGAAGUUCCAUCUGCAAAACCAGAAAGUACUGAAACAGAAGCUACAACUCCAGCACCCGAAAGUGAUGAAACAGAAGUUCCAAAUGGAAAACCCGAAAGUACUGCAACAGAAGCUCCAUCUGCAAAACCAGAAGUGAGUGACACAGAAACUGCCACUCCAGCACCCGAAAGUGAUGAAACAGAAGUUCCAAAUGCAAAACCCAAAAGUACUGCAACAGAAGCUCCAUCAGCCAAACCAGAAGUGAGUGACACAGAAGCUACUACUCCAGCACCGGAAAGUGAUGAAACAGAAGCUCCAUCUGCAAAACCAGAAAUGAGUGACACAGAAACUGCCACGCCAGAACCAGAGACUGCGACUGCGUUUAUCCCAUCGGAAACUGCUACUCCCCGUACGAUAGAAACUACUAUUUCAACAGAAAGAAUUGUUGUAACAAAGGCAACUAAUAUCAAUGAUCCUGCUGAAGAUGGUGCUGUCGAGAAGGGUGAAAUAUUUGUUGAAGGUGGUGAUAUCCAUCGUCAGCCUUCAAAACCUUUAGGAAUGGGAAAUACUGUUGUUGCUGACGAUGACAUAUAUGUGUCUAGUUCGAGACGUGGACAUUCGAAAACCGAAGUGAGACCCGAUGGAAAGUCAUGGAUUCCUAAACGAAAAGAUAGACAGCCAGCUAUUGCUAUUGAUUUUGGUAGUAUUGUUGAUAUCACUAGCAUGAAAAUGUCUGGCGAUGGUUCUAAUAGAUGGAUAUCUAAAUUUAAUCUCUUUGUGUCUAUUAAUGGUGAUGAAUUCCAACAUUUGCUUAAGGAUAAAGCAGGAAAUUCUGAUGGAACUUCAUCAAAGCUGAUUGAUUUUACGCAAGAGACAGGGCAAGUUUUAUCCACAAGGUGGUUGAAAAUUAUGCCAGUCGAAUGGGAAAACAGUCCUGCUCUGAAAGUCGAGUUUUAUGGAUUCAGAAGAGAAGAUGAUCCCAAUUUGUUGAGAGUUUUGAGAGAAGAUGAAUGGACAAAGAAUAUUACUGGGUGCCCUUGUGUAGGAGAAAAAGAUCAAAAUAAAAAGAGAUGUGCCUGCUGCAAUCCAGGUGGCUGUCAAUGUGCUAAUUACAAACAUCAAUGUGUCAGAUGUGAUCAUCCAGAUGAAUGUGGAAACCCAAGAGCAUUACCAAAAGACGAAGUAGACGCCUGGACAAAAUCACUUAGUGGAUGUGAAUGCAGCUUUGAUAAAACUCGUAAGGAUUGCGCUUGUUGCAAGAACAAAGGAUGUCAAUGUGGUAAAGAAUCCCAACACCAAUGUGUUGCUUGCGGAGAUGUAUACUCGUGUGGAAGAAUCCGAACUGAUAUAUUCAAGCCAAAUUAUUGUGUUCAAAGCAAAUGCAAUAAGGAUUCUAUGAAAAUGCCAGGAAAUUUUAGGUCUUGGUCAUAUACAAAGAAUUAAGUUAGAAGUUUUUGACGAAUUUUCAAUCUAUUGUACUUCUUCAAUUUAUUGUUAACCAUCACAUAUUUAUUAAUACAAAAUGCAAUUAUUAAAA